AUGGUGAAGGCUGAGUCGCUGGGAACAGGCGCAGCUUUGCACUCUCGAGCAUUCAAGAGUGGCUAUGACACGGACCUCAGUGUGGCGAACGCACUGGUGGACAUGUACUUGAACUGUGGGAGUUUGGCCGACGCUCGGAAAGUUUUUGAUGGGAUGACGCCUCAGGAUCCCGUCUCUUGGAACGCUUUGAUCCUGGGAUAUGUCACAAACGGGGAAGCAGAAGAGGCCUUGAGUAUCUUCGAGACGAACAGCAGCUGCGUUUCAACCUCUCAAACGUUUUGUGCGGCACUCAAGGCUUGCAGCAGUCUAGCAGCCAGCGCGCUCGUCAGCUUCUACGCCAAGUGUGGAAGCAUCCGGGACGCCUGGAAGGUGUUCCAAAAGGUGCGCCUUCACGACGCGGUGUCCUGGACUGUGAUGAUACUCGGGCUCGCCGAAAGUGGUCAGGGGGAGCUUUCCCUGCAACUCUUCCAUCAAAUGCGAGCACAGGGAUACAAAACCGACGCGCCAACUUUCGUGGCUGCUCUCAAAGGUAGCAGCAGCGUGGGAGCCUUGGAGCCUCUGAAGGGAAUUCACGCAGAUAUCUCCAGGUGUGGACUCGAGGACGAUCCCGUUGUCGCGAACGGCAUCGUCGAUGGCUAUGGCAAAGCCGGGGACGCAGCGAAGGCACAGCAGGUCUUCGAGUCCCUGGAGAAACCAUACGCGGUUGCCUGGACGUCCGUGAUAGCAGCACACAGCCACGACGGGGACACGCGAAUGGUUUUCAAGCUCUUCGACGAGAUGCAAGACGAAGGCCUGCAACCAGAUGGGAUCGCACUUCUUUACGUGCUCACGGCGUGCAGCCAUGGCGGGCUUGUCCACCAAGCGAAGCGCUACUUCAUGGAAGCGAAGUAUGGAGUUCGUCCCUGGGCCGAGCACUACCACUGUAUGGUGGACGUUCUCGGCCGCGCAAACGAGCUGGAGGAAGCGGUGGAGAUGGUGAAAGCCAUGCCUUGUGAGGCGAGUGGUGUUGCUUGGAGAACGGUGCUGGGCGCUUGCAAGCAGUGGAAGAAUGCUGCGGUCGGAAAGCUUGCUUUCGAUCUGCUGGUUGAAGUGGAGGCGAGGCACGAGGCGGGGUAUUUGUUGAUGGAGGCGAUCUACGCGAGCAGUGGUAACAUCAGUGACGAAUUCGAACCAGCUGACGCCCCAGCGGUGUUGAAGUUCCUGUGGCACGGCACCGAAACGAGGAACGUUGCUUCGAUCAUGGCGAACGGAAUACAGUCAAGCUGUGCUAAUGCUUACGGGAGGCCUGAGACUUACUUCUGGUUCACACCCACGCCCAGUUAUGCGAGGCUCCACGCUAGCAAUGACUCCAAGGACUACACACGCUUGUGCUGUGUGCUACACUCUUCGCGCAUAAGGUGGACGAUAAUCGUUUCACGGUGGACAGCGAGCGCCCAUAUCUCGUUCUUCCGCUAG